GGGGGGAAAGGAGUGGGGAGGGAAGACGAGGCGGCGGGGCGGGCUUUCGGGAGGUGCCUAGAUCUUCGCUUCCUGUUUACCGAAAGUUCUAAAUCCGGGUCAAGGGUGUUCCGCUCUUCUCCGCAACUGAUCCAGCAGCCACCGUGACAGCGGCUCCUGAGUCAGCCCAGGGUCGGUGUCACCUGACGCCCUGCUGGAGUCCCGACGCCCACACCCACCCUGGGAAGCAGACGCGGUUCCUGAACCUGCUGCCUCGCAGCCCGGGCUCUGAGCGCCCGUCGCCGCCGCCGGGAUAGAGGCACCUGCUGGCCCUUCCGCGCUGAUGCCGCGAGGGACCGCGGGCCUGAGGCGGCGGCGAAGUGCGGGCCUCUGGCUGCUUAGGCCCGCCGCGGGCCGAGCCGGUUCUUCCGCGCCCCGGGCUUGCCGGUUCCUGCCCGGGCUUGGAUGGGCCCCCCUGCCCAGUAAAUGUGGCUGCUGAGACGGCGGCGGCGGUGGUCGGUCCCGCUGCUGCUGCGCUCCGAAUUCCCCGCCGCCGUGUGCCUCUCCUGCCCCACGCCGGGGCCGUCGCCGCCUGCUCCUCAUUCCCCGGCCGUGGCCUUGCAGCGGAGCGACAAUGGACAAGAUCCUGGAGGGCCUGGUGAGUUCAUCGCACCCGCUGCCCCUAAAGCGGGUGAUUGUGCGGAAGGUGGUGGAAUCGGCGGAGCAUUGGCUAGACCAGACUCAAUGCGAGGCCAUGUUCGACCUGACGACCCGGCUCAUCCUGGAGGGCCAGGACCCCUUUCAGCGGCAGGUGGGGCACCAAGUGCUGGAGGCCUAUGCGCGGUACCACCGACCAGAGUUUGAGUCCUUCUUCAACAAGACGUUCGUAUUGGGCCUUCUUCAGCAGGGCUACCACUCGCUGGACAGGCAGGACGUAGCCAUCCUGGACUACAUUCAUAAUGGUCUGAAACUGAUCAUUAGCUGCCCGUCGGUGCUGGACCUCUUCAGCCUGCUGCAGGUGGAGGUGCUGCGGAUGGUGUGUGAGAGGCCGGAGCCGCAGCUGUGUGCCCGCCUGAGCGACCUCCUGACCGAUUUCGUGCAAUGUAUCCCCAAGGGGAAAUUGUCGAUCACCUUCUGUCAACAGCUGGUUCGAACAAUAGGCCAUUUCCAGUGCUUGUCCACCCAGGAGAAGGAGCUGCGGGAAUAUGUCUCUCAGGUGACAAAAGUGAGUAACUUGCUACAGAACAUCUGGAAGGCUGAGCCCUCCACACUCCUGCCUUCCCUGCAAGAAGUAUUUGCAAGCAUUUCUUCCACAGGUGCAUCAUUUGAACCUUCUGUAGCAUUGGCAAGCCUUGUACAGCAUAUUCCUCUUCAGAUGAUUACAGUUCUCAUCCGGAGCCUUACUAUGGAUCCAAAUGUAAAAGAUGCAAGUAUGACCCAAGCACUUUGCAGAAUGAUUGACUGGCUGUCUUGGCCUUUGGCUCAGCAUGUGGAUACGUGGGUGAUUGCACUCCUUAAAGGACUGGCAGCUGUCCAGAAGUUUACCAUUUUGAUAGAUGCUACUUUACUGAAAAUAGAACUGGUUUUUAAUCGACUUUGGUUUCCUCUUGUGAGACCCGGUGCUCUUGCAGUUCUUUCUCACAUGCUGCUUAGUUUUCAGCAUUCUCCAGAGGCAUUCCAUUUGAUUGUUCCUCAUGUAGUUAAUUUGGUUCACUCCUUCAAAAGUGAUGGUCUGCGUUCCAGUACAGCCUUUUUAGUACAAUUAACAGAAUUGGUACACUGUAUGAUAUAUCAUUAUUCUGGAUUUCCAGAUCUCUAUGAACCUAUUCUGGAAGCAAUAAAGGAUUUUCCUAAGCCCAGUGAAGAGAAGAUUAAAUUCAUUUUCAGUCAAAGUGCCUGGACUUCUCAAUCCAAUUCCUUGGCAUCUUGCUUGUCUAGACUUUCUGGAAAGUCUGAAACUGGGAAAACCGGUCUUAUUAAUCUAGGAAAUACAUGUUAUAUGAACAGUGUUAUACAAGCAUUGUUUAUGGCCACAGAUUUCAGGAGACAAGUAUUAUCUUUAAAUCUAAAUGGGUGCAAUUCAUUAAUGAAAAAGUUACAGCAUCUUUUUGCCUUUUUGGCUCAUACACAGAGAGAAGCAUAUGCACCUCGAAUAUUCUUUGAGGCUUCCAGACCUCCGUGGUUUACCCCCAGAUCACAGCAAGACUGUUCUGAAUACCUCAGGUUUCUACUAGACAGGCUUCAUGAAGAAGAAAAGAUCUUCAACGUUCAUUCCUCACACAAGUCUGAAAGUCUGGGGUGCAGUGAAACUUCUUUACAGAAAGUAGCCAGUAAGGCUCCUGUAUUGGCAGAGACCCCUUGCACAAGUGGUCGUGAGAAGACUUUAAUAGAAAAAAUGUUUGGAGGAAAACUACGAACUCACAUAUGUUGUUUGAACUGCAGGAGUACCUCACAAAAAGUGGAAGCCUUUACCGAUCUUUCGCUUGCCUUUUGUCCUUCCUCUUCUUUGGAAAACUUGUCUUUUCAAGAUCCAGCAUCAUCAGUCAAUACACAGGAUGGCAACCUAAUGUGCACUAGUCUUGUGGGCCCUUUGGAAGAGCCGGGAGUUCAUGACCCAGCAGCAGCCACCUUUUCCUGUGGCUCAGCGGUGAGAGGGAGCAUGGUGAGCAGUCCUGAUGCGUUCUGCUGUGCUGAAGACACUUUGGUCCCUAAUGAAUCUGGCAAGAUUCUUGUUAAUAAAAAUGUACCUCAGAAACCAGGAGGUGAAACUACACCUUCAGUAAUGGACUUACUAAAUUAUUUUUUGGCUCCAGAGAUUCUCACUGAUGACAACCAAUAUUAUUGUGAAAACUGUGCCUCUCUGCAGAAUGCUGAGAAAACUAUGCAAAUCACAGAGGAACCUGAAUACCUUAUUCUUACUCUCCUAAGAUUUUCGUAUGAUCAGAAGUAUCAUGUGAGAAGAAAAAUUUUAGACAAUGUGUCACUGCCACUGGUUUUGGAGUUGCCAGUUAAAAGAACUACUUCUUUCUCUUCACUAUCAGAAAGUUGGUCUAUAAAUGUUGACUUCACUGAUACUAGUGAGAACCUAGCCAAAAAAUUAAAGCCUUCUGGGACUGAGGAAGCUUGCUGCCCAAAACUGGUGCCCUAUCUAUUAAGUUCUGUUGUUGUUCACUCUGGUAUAUCUUCUGAAAGUGGGCAUUACUAUUCUUAUGCCAGAAACAUCACAGGCACAGAGUCCUCAUGCCAGAUAUGCCACCAGUCUGAAACUUUGGCAUUAGCAUCAUCCCAGAGUCAUUUACUAGGGAGAAAUAGUCCCAGUGCAGUUAUUGAACAGAAUUUAGAAAAUAAGGAAAUGUCCAAAGAAUGGUUUUUAUUUAAUGACAGCAGAGUGACAUUUACUUCAUUUCAGUCAGUCCAGAAAAUUACGAGUAGGUUUCCAAAGGACACAGCUUAUGUGCUUUUGUAUAAAAAACAUAACAGCACCAAUGGUUUCAAUGGUAAUAAUUCAACCAGUGGACUCUGGGUAAAUGGAGACCCACCUCUGCAGAAAGAACUUAUGGAUGCUAUAACAAAAGACAAUAAACUGUAUUUACAGGAGCAAGAGUUGAAUGCUCGAACCCGGGCCCUACAAGCUGCAUCUGCCUCCUGUUCAUUUCGGCCCCAUGGAUCUGAUGACAGUGACCCACCAGGAAGCUGUGGACCAGCUGGUGGUGGUGGUGGAGGGGGGUUCAACACGGUCGGUAGGCUUGUGUUUUGAUCCUGAGUACAGACUGCAGUGCUCACAAAACAUCCAAUAGUAUGACUGUUAAAAUCUCAAGACUGUAAGAAAUAUUUUUUCUUUUCGUUAGACCCUUAUAGUUUUAGAAAACACUCAGUGCUUGUUUUUAUUUUCUUGACAAUACAUUUAUUGACAAAAUACAUCAUGGGGAAAAAAAUCUACCUCUUAAAAUUCCAUUUGCUUAUAAGGUUGGACAUGCUUGACCAUAAAUUUUUGAAAGAAAAUAGGUACCUAUUCCCUAAUUAAGCUGCAAUUAAAUUUAGUAAAGGCAUUUAAAAGGUCCUAUCAGUUUUUGCUGAACAAAAAAUAUAGUUCUAAUAUAGUAUAUUAGCAUCUUUUAUAAAAUAAUUGAUGCUACGGGUGAUGGAAAUAUUAUUUAAAAAGAAAGAAAAUCCUUUAUUUCCCAUGUAGUUAACCCAUUAUUAAAUUCAAAUCUUUGAAAAGACUAGGAUAAUACAGUUUCUAAUGAAGGCAAUAAUGGAAAAUUUAUCAAGCUAUAUAGUAUUUUUCAGGUUUCUUUAGUGCUGUCUUUAGCAUUACUGUAUCUGCAUUUCAAAUACAAAUGUUUUUUAAAAAGGACUGUUUAUACAUAUGUGCUAAAUUGAUUUUAAGAAAGGUGCAUGAUACUGUAAGAGCAACAUUUUACCUAUAAAUUGCUAACUUUGUAGUAUUUCUAAUUGUUUAUGGAUUUUAAAAUUCUAUUUCAGGGAGUAUAUCUUCUGUGUUUUGAAGGAAGUGAGUUCUGUAUGUGCCUUGAAGUACUGUAAUUCAGAAAUAGGAAUCUUUGGCUGCAGAACAUUUUUUUUUAAUGAAAUGUUAGGAGGUAAUUUUUUUGUGCUAAUGUUAAAAUUAUAACUUUCUGAAAGUUACUAGAUUUUCCUGAAGUAAAAUCCGAUGGUUCUAAAUAAGUGUGAUAGUUCAUUUUUAACUCUUAGAAGAAUUUGGAGGAAAUGAACCUAGUCAAGUAAUAAAAUCUUUUUUGAUUUGGUUACUUAACCCUAGGAUCAUUAAACAUUGAUCACAUAUUUUUAGAGUUGUAAAUUCUUUUUCAUUUGAGUCAUGUGUUUUACACAGCUGUUUUUCCAUUUCAGAGUUUCAGAUAAAAAGUUGAAAAGUCAGACCCUACGUAGUCCCACAUUUUCUUUUGCCAGGAAACUGGAAACAAGUCAGUUCUCUGGGGUCUUGAUUAUGCAGUCUUCAAGAGUUAUCCCAAUUGUCCCCUUUCCUAGAGAUUUAACUUAUCCAUAGUUGUGCAUUGUUCUGAACAUUGUUCUCAUAUUUAUUUUGAAAACAUUUAAAGGAAAGAAUGUUCUUUGGUGAUUUGAGGUUUAUCUUUUUCUCAAACUUUUAUUCAUGAUACUUAAAAACAAAACUCCUCAUCUUUAUUCCACUGCCUCCCACUCCAAACCUGUUUUCAGUCACCAGGAAGAUUAGAUUUGAUUAGUUAAAAAUGGGAAACUCUUUGCAGAAUUGAUCUGAGAUUUUGUUUCUCUAUAAAUGAAUGAAUCAGAGGGAUUUUUAUCAUACUUUCCUGUGAGUUUUUUCUUGUCCUAACAGUGAAUUUCUAGUUUCUUUGGUUCCAUUGGCCAGGUAAUGAUUUAUCAUCAGAUUAUAUCAGUGUUAGUAGUUAAUUGAAAUUGGUAAAUUUGUUUUUUACGUGGUAUAUUGAUGUUGGACUUGCUUCUAGGAACUUUGAUAAUCUGCAGAGUUUUAUCUAUGACUAUCAAAGCAUUUAAGUAUUUUGUGUCAAAAUAAUAUGUACUGAAUUUUCAAAAUGAUAAAAAAUGAAACUAAAAGUCAUGUAACAAUACUAAGCAUAUGAAUAAUGAUCAUAUUCAGAUGAUAACUUCAUACCAAUACCGAAGACCUGACAUUAAAGACUUCCUUUUAAGAUUAAAAAUAUUGUAACAUUAAUCAUUUGCCCAAUUUAAAGUAUUUAUUCCAUAUAGGAGACUUGUAACCUGAAUAAAAAGAUGCUUCAUUCAAAAAUC